UUCUGAGCUUUCCUGCUCUCCUCAGAGCCACGAUGAAAGGAGAGACCCCCGUAAACAGCACCAUGAGCAUUGGGCAAGCCCGAAAGCUGGUGGAGCAGCUCAAGAUAGAAGCCAGCAUGUGCCGGAUAAAGGUAUCCAAGGCAGCUGCUGACCUGAUGACAUACUGUGAUGCUCACGCCUGUGAGGACCCCCUCAUCACCCCUGUGCCCACCUCGGAGAACCCGUUCCGGGAGAAGAAAUUCUUCUGUGCACUCCUCUGAGCGCCUGCCCCACACCCCCGCCCCGGA